AUGACUGCCCGGAGGACAGGCUAUGCUGCUGCUGGCAUGGUCUCCACUCCCUCUAAUAGCGGAAAUGGAAAUCGUAAACAGAGCUUAAUAGACAGGAGCGGGGUCGAGUCCUGUUAUGACCGGAAAGGAGCCUCGCAGGGCGGCGUGACCGUCACGUCGCUGAAGACCCGGCUCGCCCCGACCAUCCAGACCGCCAUGUCCGCUGCAGUGGACACUCUGCUGGGGGAAGUGGUGCUGGUGCUCAACGAGACCCAGCUAGAGCUGCUGCACAAGGAACAGGAGAAUGAGAGACUCAAGGUGCGUCUGGAGGUGUCUGAGAGGGAGCUGAAGACUUUACAGGAGUGUCUGUGCAGCGCUCAGAAGCACAUAGACCAGCUGCAGAUCUCCUACACCGGCUCUCCGUCCAUCGGGCAGUCCGUGUUCGCCCCGUCUCUCUCCUCCAUGGCUUCAAUGGCCUCAGGCUUGGACCGGGACCACCAGGGUGGCCGGAAUGUGAACGGAGCCGGGGUGGACUUGGGUCUCGGUGGGUCAGUGGAUGACUCCCUUCACGGGUUUGAUACAAGAGAUGACUACAAAAUGUGCCAGCUCUCUAUCCAGCCCGACGGCUCUGUGACCAACCACGCGCUGGACACCUUUACCUCCAACACAUCGCAUAUGUGCUCCGAUAGACCAGAUGAGAGGCAGACUCAGGGACAAGGUGGAGCUUCCAGUUUUGAGAUUAAAGAGGAGCAGUUGCCCGGUUCAGGCUCCGGUCAGCCCGGCAGGAAGGACAACAGGGUCGGGGAGAGCGAUCUUGGCUACGUUCAAGUUGGGGACGAGGUUUCCCAGCGUUCCUUUACUCAUCCACUGCGUCACCAAAGACCUGUGCGAGAAUGUGGCAGUGACUUGCAGCAGGGAGGACUUGAUGGACAGAAACAGUUGGCUAGGACUCCUGGAGCCGGGAGAGUAGACGGCGUCUCACCAGGCAGAGCAGACGACUCUGCUGGACCUUCAGCCUCUGACACCCCAGUGGAGCCCUCUUUAGACCGGCCUCACCACUGUCUGGAGUGUGGGAAGACUUUCCGUCUGAUCUCCAGCCUGAAGAAGCACAUCCGCAUCCACACUGGAGAGAAGCCUUACCCGUGUGCUGUGUGCGGCCGCCGCUUCCGCGAGUCAGGGGCGCUUAAAACCCACCUGCGUAUUCACACGGGUGAGAAACCAUACUCUUGCUCAGAGUGUGGGAACUGCUUCCGCCACUUGGACGGUUUGCGCAAACACAGGCGCACGCACACCGGGGAAAAACCGUAUGUUUGUGCCAUCUGUGGGAAGCGCCUGAGCCGCCUGCAGCACCUGAAACACCACCAGCUGAUCCACACCGGGGAGCGGCCCUGCUGCUGCCCCUUCUGCAACCGCAGCUUCAAGGAGCCCGCGGCGCUGCGCAAACACAUCCGCACGCACCGGGAGGAGGGCGGUCACUUGGGGAUUGUUCCCGUGGACGACGCAGAGCAAGACGUUCUGGACGACAUUAACAACCUCCACCCGGCAGCGCCGUCCCCUCAGAUGAGGUUCGGAGACUGGGGAGCUGACGAGGACGACAGCUCGGUGGUGGAUUGUGUGUAGGAGCUUAUACAUAUAGGAAUAACUGUCUGCUGGCAUUUUACCUAUGAAACCUUCUCCGGGUGAAAAACAUGGAACAAGGUGUUUGUGUGGUUUGUACACGAUGGAUAAGGUAUCUCUGUUACAUGCUGUCGAAGUGUGAGGCUACAUAUAACCCAAGCCUUGGAGCCUCGUUUAUAUCUGGUGUUUUCAUACUCUUAGAUGUAAUUAUAUAACGUUUUAAAAUAUCCCACGGUACAUUCUUCAACAACAACAACUAUAUUUGUCUGGACGUUCAUCAAGCAGCAGCACAGGUUGUUCUCGGCACAGGGAGAUGCAGGUUUGCUAACUUCUCCUGCAAUAAUUUAGGAAAUUGAUAGCUGAAGUGUACAAGAGCUGUUUUCUCAUUUAAAAUACAAGUGCCUUGAACACUCAGUCAACCAUCAACAGCUGUUCAAGAUUUAAGUCAGGACAAGAGUUAAAGGUCCCAUGUCAUGGCCAUUUCCACUGAUCAUAAUUCCAUUGUUGAGGUCUACUAGAAUAGAUUUAUAUUGUGCAAUUUUCCAAACUCACAUUGGUUCCU